CGCAGGUGGGAGAGGCGGGGUUUGCCAGCAAGGGGGGAAGAUGAGUGCUGGGAAGGGGAGGACUCCCCCUUCCAGGACAUAUUGCUGGGAAACUGCUGUGGUAUUGCACUUCCUACCUGCAAAUUCCUACCAGACAGCACUUGCUGAGCACCUGCAGGAAUAUGGGGUUCCUCUGGGGGCUGCUCUGCCUGGCUGCUCUGCACAGCCUCCCACGGCUGGCACAUGCCAUUGACCAGCAGCGUCUCUUCCUGGACAAAGAUGGGAAGCUGAGGGAUGUGAAAAGUGCUGGAAUGGUACAGUCGGAUUCGCUGGGAGCCAUCCCAACCCUGCCAAAGGGAAAGCUGGUAGAAUUUACUUAUGACAGCUUCCAGGAGAAUGAUGGAACCAUGUCAGCAUCCACCAGCACCCUGCCAGACACGAGGGAUGACUGGAACUCAGAAGACGAAGCCGUAGCUGGGGCUGGGGGUUGUCGUGGAAAGAAAUCACCUGAGGAAAAAGCCUCUUCUGAAGAGGAAGGAGAGGCUGGGGAUAAAGGCUGUGAGAUGACUUGGAAGAAGAGCCAGAGGCUGGCAGAUGGCUUGAUGAGAUUCAGCAUUGAUCUCCUGAGAGAGGUGCAGCUGGAGUCCAACAGAACCAACGUGAUCCUGUCCCCCCUCAGCAUCGCCCUGGCCUUGUCUCACCUGGCACUGGGAGCAGCAAAUCAGACAGAGAAGCAUUUGCUGGAGGUGAUGCACCUGGAGUCAGUGCCCUGCCUCCACCACAUGCUGGGCACCCUUCGCAGGAGGCUCACAGAGUCCACCCUCAGCCUCGGGGCACGGCUGUACCUGCAGAAAGGGUUUGAGGUGAAACAGAAGUUCCUGGAGGACUCAGAGAAAUUCUAUGGAGCAAAGCCCAUGACCCUUUCUGGGAUCAGUCAGGACGACCUCGUAGCCAUAAACAAUUGGGUAAAGGAGGCAACUCAUGGGCAAAUUCCCUCCUUCCUCCAGCAGCUCCCUGAAAACACAGUGAUGCUCUUGCUCAACGCUGUCUAUUUCCACGGGUUUUGGAGGAAUAAGUUUAAUGCAAGCUUCACUGGGCCAGAUGUAUUCCACCUUGACCAUGAGUUCGUGGUCCCAGUUGAGAUGAUGAAAGCCCACCAGUACCCCCUAAGCUGGUUUACACUGGAGUCCCAGGAUAUUCAGGUGGCCAAGUUUCCCUUCAAGAGUAACGUGAGUUUUGUGGUCAUCGUACCAAACCGGUACACCCGGAACACCUCUCACGUGCUGGAGAACUUCCCUUACAGACAACUCUGCAGGCUUUUCCCCAGAGAGGUGCCCACCACAGUGAAGAUCCCCAAAAUAAAGUUGGACUACCAGCUGGAACUCAACCAGGUUCUCAGCCAAAUGGGCCUCCAGGAGCUGUUCACGAGCCCAAAUCUCCAGAAGAUCACAGAGGAGCCUCUCUUUGUGUCCAGUGUCCAGCACCAGGCCACCCUGGAGCUUAAAGAAGAUGGGGUGGAAGCAUCUGCUGCCACCAGUGUCAUGCUGUCACGCUCAGUCUCUGUCUUCAGCCUCGACAGGCCCUUUGUCUUCAUCAUCUUUGAGGAUGAAACAGGGGUCCCACUUUUUAUAGGCAGUGUCCAGAACCCCAGCCCUGACGCUGCCCCCCAGGUCCGAGAGCCACAGGACUCAAGUGAAGCCACAGAUGCCAACGAGCACCGCAUGCCCAAAUAAGAGAGGGGCAGAGCCUGAGUGUUCUGGGACUACUGCCUGACCCUCUGGACCAGCUGAGAGAGGCCUCCUGCCCCUCUGAGGCCACAGGAGGCAAUUCCUUGCUGUUUUCCUUUACAGAUCCCUAGAGACCAGUCCUGGGAUAGCCCAUUCCAGCCCUGACGAGCUUCUCCAGGCUGGGCCUCCCCUCUGUUGAACCUGAAAAGCUUGUUCUGCCUGGAUUUCCCUUCCAGGGCUCUCAGUCAUGGAAGGGAGACUUUCUUGUCCCCAGACUGUUAUUAGAGUCUUUAUUAAGAUCUUAUUAGAGUCCCCUGUAGCCUGGAAUCAUCUUUAGCAUCUGGCAGCUUGGACAACAGCCAGGGAUGUAUUAAUGUGGCUCUUCCUUCCGCAGUUCCUGGGAACAUGUCUCCCUCAGUGUUCCUCUGAAAACCAUCUGUGCCCACCUAGACAACGACCUCUAGAGCAACUGGACUAGAAACCAGUUGUCUUCUCUAGGAUGAGUCACAGCCACUUCCAGGCAUGGGCUCUUCUCAAAGAUUCCCUUUUCCCACUCCUUGGCUGCUUGGAUCUGAUGUAGGAGGCUCUGCAGUAGGAAACCCCUCCCUUUGGAUCCUUCUCUCCAGGCCUUCCUCUAGAGGCUGGGUAAUGCUAGAUUUUUUCAAGGCAUAUUUUAUAAAGUGUUUUUUAGUAAUUUUUAUGUUGGCAGAAUAAUAAAGAAUAACGCAGAACGUA